AUGAUCCACGCGAGACGCGCUCUCGUCUGUCUCGCCCUCGCCAUCCCCGUUAGUCUACUGUUGUAUUACCGAUCAACUAGUACUUCAAUCACGGUCAGUUCCUUGCGGACGACUGUUCCACAGGUCGUCGGCCUCGGAGAAUAUUUCGAUUCAGAGGAGCAAUAUGUCGACGACACCGACCCAUCAGGCUCGGUUCUGGAGUUCCCUGAUGACUCCGACCCUUCAACAGAUCCAAUAUCUUUCGAACCGUUCGAUAUUACAUCGACUGGCAAACCCCCAGGAUACAACUACACGCGAAACCUCGUUAUGGCGAGGACGAAUAAAGAAGAUGUCAGCUGGCUUGAUGAAGUCGAUCUGGGCCCCGAGAUCACGAAACUGGUAUAUGUCGCCGACAACCAAUCCGCUCCGUUGCACCCACCCCAAAAUAAAGGCCACGAAGUCAUGACAUACUUGACGUACAUUCUCGACUUCUACGAUGACUUGCCUGAUGUCAGUAUCUUUAUGCAUUCUCAUCGCUACGCGUGGCACAAUGACGACCUCUUAAACUUCGACUCCAGCGAGAUGAUCAAAAGGUUAAGCAUUGAGAGGGUGCUGAGAGAAGGGUACAUGAACAUGCGGUGCCAUUGGAUGCCCGGAUGUCCCGAAUGGAUUCAUCCUGGAAAUAUCGAACCGGACAAAGAAAAGCAGGAGCAGGCGUUGAUGGCAGAGGCCUGGGCGGAACUAUUUCCCUACAAGCCCAUUCCAAAUAUCCUGGCUCAGCCUUGUUGCUCCCAGUUUGCCUUGAGUCGGGAACGGAUUCGAGACGUACCCAGGGAGACGUAUUCACAUUAUCGAGACUGGCUUUUGAGAUCUGAAAUCCGAGACACAAUGAGCGGUAGAAUCUUCGAGUAUCUCUGGCAGGUCGUCUUCACGGAUGAGAGUACUUUCUGUCCCAACCAACGAACGUGUUACUGUGACGGAUUUGGCGUCUGUUUCGAAUCGGAAGAGACCUUUGAUAAGUGGUUCGAAAUCGGACACCAGAAGAAGACUGCAGAGAAAGAGCUCCGCGAGUGGGAGGAAGCCGCAGAAGAGAUCGAGAAAUAUCGAAUCGAUGGGAAGCUGCAAGGAAUUGAAGCAGGAGAGCUCAAAGUGCCGGAGAUCGGAAAGAAAGAAGAAUUGGUUGCUCUCAUCAGAGAGCUUGAUGAAGACCUGGAAGAAAGAAGGCUCCAAGCCAUAGAGCGAGGAGCUGAUCCGAGGAUCAGGGCAGAAAGUGAUGGGCGAGCCUGGAAGGAGGGUGAUGGGUUUUGA